AUGGUACGAGCAUCAACCAUCGCUGCCACAGCGCGUAACCCGCAACUACGCAUAUUGAAUGCAUUAAGAGCCAAUGGCAAGCCCAUAAUGACGUUUCUGGGCCUGCCGUCUCUUCAGACAGCUCAGAUUGUUGCUUCCACUGGAGUCGAUGCGGUCAUUAUUGAUUGCGAGCAUGGCCACAUUAGAGAUGACUCCAUGCAUGACGCCACCGCCGCCAUCGCCGCUGCGGGUGUCUCGCCGCUUGUCCGUCUAAGAAUGACCCAUCCUGACCUUAUCAAGAGAGCUCUGGACAGUGGUGCACAUGGCAUAAUUCUACCUCAAGUCCACACUGCCCAAGAAGCAACCGAGGUAGUAAAGUACUCCAAGUUCCCACCGCAAGGUCUCCGGGGACAAGGAUCACCAUUUGCGGGUUUUGCUCACAACGUCGAUAUCGCGACAUACGUCAAGACAGCAAACGAAACAACUAUCGUGUGUGUUCAGAUUGAAUCGAGGCAAGGAGUCGAUAACGUGGAUGCAAUCUGUGCUGUCCCAGGCGUUGAUAUGGCCUUUAUCGGACCCAAUGAUCUGGCCUUUUCUCUUCUCGGCUAUAUACCCGCCAAGGGUGACGAGCCCGAGUUUCUAGAUGCGAUUGACAAAAUCGUCGCAGCGGCCCGGAAACACGGAAAGUGGGUGGCCCGAUUAUCAAACUCUGGCGCUUUAUGUAAGGAGCAUUUGGAUGUGUUUGAUACGGUGGCUUUGAGCUAUGAUGUUAGGGCGAUUCAGAAUUGGUAUGCUGCAGAACUCAAGGCUGCAAGGGGCUAG